UUUGUGGGAAACAACAUUGAAUUCAUCUUCUCAAUUUUUCUUAAAAAUGCGGUGCUUAGCGUAUUCAUUGAAUUCAUCUAACAAGGAAAGCCAAGUUUUCUUAAAAAUGCGGUGGAACUAAGUGCUUUGCGUAUUCUUAUCUGACCGAUAAGCAUACAACAACAACUAUACCAAAAUAUACAAAAAUUGCAGUUAAAAUUUGCCGCCUUUUUUUGCAUCUUUCAAACGAAUCCCUCACUUUGUCUCCCUCUUCAUGGCAUCAAUUCCUUCACCUUUCAAUAAAUUCCCCUGCCUCUAAACCCAAAUUACCUGCAAAUUAUGGCACUGAAGUAUCCCAUUCAUUUCAGUUUCAGGAAUGCACACAACCUGUUCGAUAAAAUUACCAACAGAAGAUUUUCCCUCCAAACUCCAUUAUUUAGUUUAUACUGCAGUACAUUAUACCACACUGCUGCCUCUAUAAAAGACCCAAUUGAAUUUUAUGGUGAAUUUAAGGAUUUGGUGCAUUGGACUUCAACCAUUUCUGGUUUAGUGAGUCGAAACCGCCCGAAAGAUGCCAUUGAUGUGUUCAAGUUGAUGCUUUUCAAUGAACAGAGGCCGAAUUAUGUUACAAUAUUGAGCGUGCUACGGUCUAUCAAUGUAUUAAGGUGGAAGAACAUUGCUUUCUGUGUUCAUGGGUUGGUGAUCAAGAUGGGAUUUGAAUGGGAGAUUUCAGUUGUGACUGCUUUAAUUGGUGUUUAUGGUAAUGUUCAUACCCCUUUUGUAUGGAAGCUUUUCUUUGAUGUACCUAAGAAGGAUUUGGUCUUGUGGAGUGCGAUGGUUUCGAUAUGUGUAAAGAAUGGUGAAUAUAUGGGUGCUAUUGAGGUAUUUAGGAACAUGAUAUGUGAAGGGAUGGAACCUAAUCUUGUGAGCAUUGUGAGUAUUUUGCCAGCUUGUGCUAAGCUUGAUUCACUGAUAUUGGGAAAACAAGUUCAUGGGUUUGGUCUUAAAACAUCAUUUUAUUAUUUAAAUAACAUCCAAAACUCUCUCAUAGACAUGUAUGCAAAAUGUAGGAAUUUCAAGUAUGCAGCUCAAGUCUUUGCUCGAGUCCAUGAGAAAGAUGUAGUCACUUGGAAGACGAUGAUUCGUGGAUGCAUUGACAAUGGCUACUCAAGAGAAGCAUUAUUUGUUUUCGCUGACAUGCACAAGUCUUGCUCUGAAAUAGAUAAUGGCAUUUUCUGUGGUGUUAUUGGUGCAGUAUCUGAUACAGAAGAGUUUAUAUUUGGACUUGGGUUGCAUUGCUAUAGCUUAAGAUCUGGCUUUGCUGUAUCCGUUUCUGUUGGGACAGCUCUUCUGCAAAUGUAUGCAAAGUUUGGUGAAGUGAAACCAUCUUGGUUACUGUUUGAUCAGCUUCAUCCAAAGGAUCUCAUUGCUUGGACUGCAAUGAUAUCUGCAUAUGCUCAAAGUGGUUACACGAGCGAGGCUCUAAGUACAUUUAAGCAUAUGCAAUCAGCUAGUGAGAAGCCUAAUGAAGUCACUUUUGUCAGUUUGCUACAAGCUUGUUCUUCAUCAGGCACUCAAGAGCUUGGUGAAAGCAUCCAUGGUUAUGUAACUAAAGCUGGUUACUUGCAUAAUUCAUUCUUAAUCUCAGCUUUAAUUGAUUUAUACUGUAAAUUUGGAAGAACAAAGGAAGGAAGAGCACUCUUUGACAAAUGUUCAAUCAAAGACCUGAUAAUAUGGAGUUCAAUGAUUAAUGGGUAUGGAUUAAAUGGUUGUGCAAAUGAGGCUUUGGAAAUUUUCUCAAACAUGUUGGAAAUUGGAGUAAAGCCCAAUGAUGUAGUUUUUGUAUCGGUCCUGUCUGCCUGCAGCCAUUGUGGGUUAGAAGACGAGGGAUGGCACUGGUUUUAUUGCAUGCAAGAGAAGUAUGGAAUUGUGCCAAAAGUUGCUCAUUAUGCUUGCAUGGUUGAUUUGCUGAGUCGCCAAGGAAAUGUUGAAGAAGCUCUUGAUUUUGUAUACAGUAUGCAAGUAGAGCCUGAUAAGAGAAUUUGGGGGUCUCUUCUGGCUGGAUGUAGAUCAACUCAUGUAUCAAUCACCGUAGUAGAACGUGUUGCUGAACACCUGAUUAGAUUAGAUCCAAAAGAUACAAGCUGUUAUGUUGUUUUGUCAAACUUUUAUGCAGAAGAAGGUAGAUGGGAUGAUGUUGAGAGGGUAAGAAAAUUGAUUGAUGAUAAAGGAAUGGAAAAGAUGACAGGAUACAGCACUGUUUGAUAAUAUCUGAUCAGCUGCUGGAUAUGUUACAAUUUCAUAGAAGGGUUUUUUCACAAUGGAAGGUGGUAUCCUUGAAGUACUAGUUGUUAAUGCAGAAGGAAUCAAACCAAGAAAUUUAUUUGGUAAACCGGCCUAUUAUGUAGUUAUACAAUGUGGCACUGAAGUGAGGAGGAGCAAGGCUACCAGAGGUUAUCACCAUGAAGCUUUUUGGAAUCAGAAGUUCGAGUUUGACUUUUCAUUUUCUGAAUGGAAGAAUUUGACUCAUCUGGAAAUCAGUAUAAUGGAUGAUGAAUCUUUCAACGAUACUGGAUUUGUUGGUCGUUCUAUGAUUUUUCUGGGUGGGAUUAUUGAAGAAGGAAAUGACAGGGGAAUCGUCGAAUUACAUCCUUCAGCAUAUAAUGUUGUGCAUGAAGACACCACAUACGAAGGAGAAAUUAAGAUUGGGCUUAAAUUCGAAGCUUAU